AUGUCUUCUUUUCACAAGAAACACCCUUCUGUAAGGGGCCGUUCUCACUUAAAGAAGCAAGCGGAGGUAUUGCCAAAUGAAUUCGCCACAUAUCAUUUCAACAAGGAUGACAUCGAGUCAUUUGCGAGAGCACUUGCUGAAGAUCCGAAUUACGACUCGACCGAACACAUUUCGGCAGUGACCGACUUCAUGCCCAUAAAACAGGUGAUCAAAAAAGAUACAGAAAAUAUACCGAGAGGCUUUGAUGGAUUUACUUAUCAUGUUUUACGUUUCCCUUUAAUGUUGGCAAUACUUAUCGUGGUUGGAAUUGAAGUACUCUUAUAUAUUCUUGUAAGGCAAAUCGUCAAUAUCUGGGAAUAUUUUGUUCAAUGGCGCGGAGAAAGAUUUAGACUUCGUGAACAACUUCGUUGCGCUACAACCUACGAAGAAUGGAUUAAUGCUGCUAAAAAACUAGAUAGUCAUCUUGGAUUCGAUGAAUGGAAGGAUGAGGUCCCAUUUGGGUUUUACGAUUUCAACUUAUUACGUAAAGUCAAUCGAGAUCUCAAGGCGUUUCGCGAGGGUUCAAUUCAAAAUCCACAAUUUUUAAAGGGUAUUUUACAAAAUUGUGUGAAAAGCAAUUUCGGUGGUGUUGAGAAUGGUCGAUUGUAUUCUCACACUUAUUAUGGAACUAAAAAAAUUGUGGAACGAUAUAUUGAUGAAGUGACCGAAUCACUAGAUUCUGUGCGCAAAAGUAAAGCAUUGUCAAUAGAGGAGAAGCAACAGCUUUUUAAGAAUGCAUACAAGAAUUACGGUCGAACUGCACUUUGUCUUAGUGGCGGCGCCGGCUUUGGAUAUUAUCACCUUGGUAUAGUAAAGGCACUUUUUGAUGCUGAUCUUUUGCCAUCUGUCAUCACUGGAACCAGCGCAGGAGGAUAUAUUGCUGCUUUAGUUUGUGUAAGAACCGACGAAGAGUUGGCUCAGGUUUUGCAUCCUGAUAUACAUUGUCACAUGACAGCGUGUUCGGAUUCAAUGUUUGUUUGGUUUAAAAGAUUCUUGGAGACAGGCGCACGAUUCGAUGCUUGUGAUUGGGCAAGAAAAGUGCAAUGGACUACGAAAGGUAGUCUAACCUUUAGGGAAGCCUAUGAACGCACAGGAAGAAUCUUGAAUAUUUCUGUGAUCCCAUAUGACCCACACUCUCCACCAAAAUUACUGAAUUAUAUUACUGCUCCUGAUUGUGUUAUAUGGAGUGCAGUUAUUGCAUCGGCUGCAGUGCCGGGGAUUUUGAAUCCGGUUGUCUUGAUGCAAAAAACAAAGAAUGGCACUUUGAUCCCAUAUAACUACGGUCAUAAAUGGAAGGAUGGAUCUUUACGAACCGAUAUUCCUAUACAGGCUUUACAUACUCAUUUUAAUGUCAAAUUUACAAUUGUAUCUCAAGUAAAUCCUCAUAUUCACGUAUUCUUUUAUAGUCCACGCGGAACAGUCGGCCGACCUGUUAGUCAUCGCCAUGGUCGAGGUUGGCGUGGCGGGUUUGUCGCAGCCAGCAUAGAGAAAUAUUUGAAGUUAGAUCUGAGCAAAUGGUUAAAGGUGAUACGUGAUUUAGAACUUUUACCCAAAGUAGCAGAUCAGGACUGGAGUUCAAUAUGGUUGCAAAAGUUUGACGGGAAUGUCACAAUCUGGCCAAAAUCUACUCUAUCAGAUUGGUUUUACUUAUUAUCAGAUCCGGACGCUGAACGACUGGAAAGAAUGAUCACUACGGGCUUACGUGUGACCUGGCCUAAGUUACACAUGAUCUCAAACCGGCUACGAAUAGAACGUGCUAUAAUAAGAGGCAAGGAACAAGUUAAACGCAAGGCACAUAAACGUCUUAAACGCGCCGAAAUCGAAAAUGAUGUAUACUUAAAUGCAGAGAGUGGCGCCAGCACUACGGCUGUUAGUUCAAGUGGGCAUGACGAAGAGGAAGAAUCAUCGAUAGCAAAUAGUAAUAGUUAUGAUCUGGAAUAUAACACAUCAGAGAUAGAUCCAUUAUCAAGAGGAUUCUCCUUAAAUCCCUCAGUGUCUUCUUCAGAAGAGACAGAAUCGCUGCAGGCAGCAUCAUUAAAUGUUAAUACUAUUUAA